UCCGUUACAAAAUGGCUGCUCGUCUCACAAAUAUUUCAAAGUUUCCCAAGUUUUCUGCAAUCAGAGGUAUACGAACAACAGUUCGUCCGCUAUUUGCAAGCAAGGAGUUUGAUUUGGCUAAGGAUCGUGUAAAUACGCUGAAAGAAGACCCGGGUAACGAGGCGAAACUCAAGUUGUACGCUCUUUUUAAACAGGCAACAGUUGGUGCAUGUAACUCUCCAAAGCCAGGUGCAUUUGACUUUGUUGGCAAAGCAAAGUGGACUGCUUGGGACAGUUUGGGAAGUAUAUCAAAGGAAGAAGCAGAGCAACAGUAUAUACAGUAUGUCAAUGACCUUGCAGCAAAAAUUGGAACUACAGAAGAUGAUGCAGCUUCUAGUGCAACUGAGGAAAGUGAUUCAGGGAAGAAGUACAAGUCACUAGAGGUAACAGUAAAGGAUGGCGUGCAGACAAUAAAGUUGAACAGACCAAAGAAAUACAAUGCAAUCACGUGGGAGAUGUAUGAGGAAUGGAUAAGUGCUUUAGAAGAGGGAGCUCAAGAUAAAUCAUGUGUGGUAACUUUAAUCACUGGAGCUGGUGACUAUUAUUGUAGUGGCAACGAUCUUGGUAACUUUGCUCAGAUUCCUCCUGAAGGCCCAGAAAAAAUGGCAAGAGAUGGCCGCAAUGUACUAAGGAGAUUUGUGUCUGCGUUUAUAGACUAUCCUAAGCCUCUGGUUGCUGCAAUCAAUGGUCCAGCUGURGGCAUAUCUGUAACYGUACUUGGACUGUUUGAUGUUGUGUUUGCUUCAGAUAGAGCAACUUUCCAUACACCAUUCAUAGAGCUUGGUCAAAGUCCUGAAGGGUGUUCAUCCUAUACUUUUCCAGCAAUCAUGGGUCCAGCACUUGCCUGCCAAGUUCUACUGGCAAGUCGCAAGCUGACUGCUGCAGAAGCACUGGAAUCCAAGUUAGUAUCUGAAGUUUUCCUUCAUGGUGACUUUCAAAGGGAAGUUGAAAGUAGAAUUACAGCCAUGGCACAGCUUCCUCCAAAGAGUCUACAGCUUUCAAAGCAGCUUAUCAGAGAAGCCAACAAAGCAACUCUUCAUGAAGUAAAUGAAAGGGAAUGCAUUUUGCUGGAACAACGGUGGCUUUCUGAGGAAUGCAUGCAGGCAAUUAUGAAGUUUAUGCAGAGAAAGGCAAAAUAACUUUGUGCAACACAGUUGACUAAUGGACAAUGGAUAUAUUAUAUACUGUAUUAAAGUCGCGAAACAUUGGGAUUUACGAUUUGUUUUAUCCUUAUUACAGAUACUAUGUAAAACAUCAGUACCUCGUAUUUUCUCUAUUUAAUAGUAGAUCAGGGGGAUUUCAAUUGUAGGAUUUUUGAUGUUAUUUUGAAGAUUUGAUAUUCCAUAAAGUUGAUACAGAUUUGACCAUUUCAUCAAAAAUCCCUCUUGUAACAUUUUUUAUGAUUUUCAAUUCACCAAUUUACAUCUCCAUUACCUGAGGACAGACAGCAAUAAAAGAUGCUAUGGAAGUACAACAAUU